CGCAUCACAGCUACUUUACAUACCCCGGACUGAACCCUCUCGACGGACCUAUAUCGAAUAGCCUCCGCCCUCGUUCUACACCAUGACUCUCGCCGAGGAACUCCGCUCGAGAAACUUCAGUAUCUACGGACAAUGGACGGGCGUGAUAUGCAUCGUUUUGUGCCUGGCUCUCGGUAUCGCCAACAUCUUUUCGUUCGACGCCGUGAUCAUCAUCUUCAGUGUCCUGUGCCUGAUCUCGGGCUUAAUCCUCAUCUUUGCUGAAGUGCCAUUCCUCCUAAGAAUCUGCCCUACGUCCCCCAAGUUCGAUGCCUUUAUCCGCAAAUUCACCACGAACUGGAUGCGCGCUGCAAUGUAUGGCGUGAUGAGUGUUGUGCAAUGGCUCAGCCUUAUCAAAUCGGCCACCAGUUUGAUCGCCGCUGCCGUUUUCCUGCUCCUCGCCGCUCUGUUCUACGCGCUAGCGGGUCUCAAGAGCCAAGAAUUUGUCGGCAGCAAGACUUUGGGUGGCCAAGGUCUUGCGCAGAUGAUCGUUUAAGGCUGUUUAUCUUAGGAUAUGAGCGAUGAGGCUCGAGGCGAAAAGAGAAAACAAGAAAGAGACGGGAUGAGCCAUCUCUGCGCUGGAUGCGCCAUGAUAAUGAACCGACUUUGCUGUUCUUGACGCUGCCGAGCAGAUUCUUGUACUCGUAUAGCAUGCUGUUUGAGGGAA